AUGGGUGGUGUUACACAAAAAAUGACUGAUACAGUCAAACAUAUAUCAGAACCAUCAGGUCCACAGGCUGUUGCAGUACUUUCUGAUCCAAAUAGUGGACAAAUUUAUGGUCAUGUUAAUUUUGUCGAAGCAAGUGAUGGUACAGUAACUGUUAGUGGUGAAAUUAAAAAUGUACCAAAUGCACAAAAACGUGGUUUUCAUAUACAUGAAUUUGGUGAUACUACAAAUGGAUGUACUUCAGCUGGUAAUAAAUGAAAUUAAAAAUAUUAUUCAUAGAAAAAAACGAAAUUCUCAAUGGAUUGUUUUAUUAUUAUAGUUGUUAUAAAUUAAUGUAUUGAGAAAUUUAAUUUCACGCAUAAAAAAAUUCGAAUUAAAGGAUUCUAUCGGGUUUGACAGAGUCAUCCUUAAAUUGAAAAGUCUCCUACAUCAUUUUGUAAAGCAGCUUGUAAUGUAUCUAUUGGUAUGUAGGAAAUCGUAUUUACACCAACUUUUGCGUAUCCACAAAUCAACUCAUGCAAAGUUCUUUGUAAAGGUUAUUUCUAUAGAGGCUUGAUUGCUGUUGAAUCUUGCGUAUUUGAUAACUUGCUUCAUUGCUUUAUUCGUAUCCAACACAGACUACUUUAGUCAUCUUCUCUGAAAUUUCGGUUUUGGAAUGCUGCAGUAUAUACGAUGUUGUGGCUUAGAACAGGACGGCACAAACGUGUAACUUUUCCGAUAGCUGCGCAUCAUCUAGUUCUAUAACUUUUGAAUUCUACUGGUCUUUGAAUUGAAGGAUCCAUGGUGAAACUGUUACAUCACUGUACAAAACGAGGCCUAUUUUUCGGUUGCUAGCAAUAUAACGGGAUUCCCAAUUUUCCGCUAUUUAUUAUAUCAUUAAGUAAGAAUCAGUACAGAGUUCUCUAUUGAUUGGCAUAAAUUAGUC